AUGGCUUUGUUUGCUUUCCAGUAUGUUCAAGCAGAUGCUCCUACCAAUAAAACGCUGGCCGGGCUCGUGGUGCAGCUGCUGCAGUUCCAGGAAGAUGCCUUUGGGAAACAUGUUGCCAAUCCUGCCUUCACAAAGUUCCCUGCAAAGUGCUUCAUGGAUUUCAAAGCUGGCGGAACACUGUGUCACAUUCUUGGUGCUGCUUAUAAGUAUAAAAACGAGCAAGGAUGGCGGCGGUUUGACUUGCAAAAUCCUUCCCGCAUGGAUCGAAAUGUAGAAAUGUUUAUGAACAUUGAAAAAACGUUAGUGCAGAAUAACUGUCUGAGCAGACCAGUCAUCUACCUCGUUCCAGAUAUUGAGCUGAAGCUGGCAAAUAAACUAAAGGACAUUGUCAAACGACACCAGGGCACAGUCACAGAUGACAAGUCGAAAGCCACCCACCAUGUUUAUCCCAUUCCUACCUCAUUGGAUGAAGAAGAGUGGCUGAGACCGGUGAUGAAAAAAGACAAGCAGGUUCUUGUGCACUGGGGCUGUCACCCAGACAGCUAUGAUACCUGGAUCCAUGCCGGCGAUAUAGAUGCGGAAGCUGAAGAGCCUCCAAUCCCAGAGAAGCCAUGGAAGAUUCACGCCAAAUGGGUUCUGGACACAGACGUAUUCAAUGAAUGGAUGAAUGAAGAAGACUAUGAGGUGGACGAGAACAAGAAGCCAGUUAGCUUUCGCCAGCGGAUCUAUAUGAAGAACGAAGAACCAGUCCGCAGCCCGGAACGCAGAGACAGGAAGGCGACCGCCGGCGCUAGGAAAAGAAGGCACUCUCCUUCACCGCCGCCUCCUUCCACUCCGGUUGAAUCGAGGAAGAAGGCUGGAAAGAAAGGGCAAGCUGGUCUUUAUGGGAAGAGGCGAGGGCAAAAGGAAGACGAUGAGCAAGAAGACCUCACGAAGGACAUGGAGGAUCCGACCCCGGUGCCUAACAUAGAAGAAGUGGUUCUUCCUAAAAACGUAAACCCAAAGAAAGACAGUGAGAACACUCCCGUGAAAGGAGGAACAGUAGCAGACCUGGAUGAGCAGGAUGAAGAGACAGUGGCGACGGGAGGAAAGGAAGAUGAAGAUCCCAACAAAGGAGAUCAGAGCCGCUCGAUGGAUACAGGAGAAGACAACGUCACCGAACAGACGAAUCACAUCAUUAUCCCCAGCUAUGCAUCCUGGUUCGACUAUAACUG